AAUUUAUUCAUCUUUAUAAUUUAAUAAUAAUGAUAAAUAUACAUAUAAUGUAGGACUAUAAAAUAUUAUAAUCUAAAGCAAUUUUUUAGUCAGAAUAUACAUACUAUAUUUACAUUAAUGUUUGAGAUAGAAAGAGAGCAAUAGAUAGAAUAAAAAGACAAGAAUAGAACUGGGUUUGGCAAGCGUGGUGAUUUUACACCUACCUUUUAACCGGACCGUAGUUGAUUGUAUUGUAUUCGUUUUACGAUACGUAUCAUGCUUGACCCAGGUGGUUUCCCUAAGAAAAGUGUAUUUCUAUUUUACAUAUUAUUACAACACUUCAUCAUUGUUGUGACAAAUUUAUUUAAUAUUCUGUACAAUCGAAGCUAGUUCUCAAUAGUUUUAGAUAUCAGAAAUAUGAGAUUACGAAUAGUUGUGAUAUGUAUGUCGUAAAAUUAGAACGUGUUACAAUCUACUAGAUUUUUCACUUUUUACAGUCAUGCAUUUUUUUAAAAAAUUAUAAAUUUUUAAAAAUGACUUAAACAGAGACUUUAAGAAUGACUUAAAUAAAUCACGAUCACCAAUUUCAAUGCGCGAUGCUGAAUAUUAUAUUAUGUUGGAUAUGUUGGCUGUUUUGGGCGGGUCUUCCGAUAAUUACAGCCUAUCCCGUAUCAUCGUCUAUACGAACAGAUUUAUCAUAUAACCAUACUUCAUCAAAAUGGGAACAAUACUGGAUACAAUAUACUCUUGGUCUUUUAAGUGUGACAGUUACAGCAUUUACUUUAGUUGGCUGUCUUUGUUGUCGAAGACCUAGAAGACCUAAAGGAUUUCAAGACAAAGCAGAAAAAUGCAAUCAGGAAUUCAAAGAUGGAAACAAUAUUGGUCAAGAAUUAGUAUUUGAGCAUUCUUUUGAAGGUUUGGAGUUAAAUGUUCCACAUAUAUUAGCUGUUUCAGAAAGAGUACAAUUUGAUCCUUUACCUGUAGAACAUAUUAUAUCUGGUCCUAAAAAUAUUUUAAAACCAAAGCCAUUACCUUUAUCAUCAUUAUUUUUUGAAAAACAUCAUUCUGAUUCUACUCUGCCAGAAUAUUGUCGUGAAUGGUUUGAUGCAAAGGAUUUAUGUAUAUCUAGAGAAAAAUUAAAAUAUUUAAGAGAGAUUGGUCAUGGUUGGUUUGGAAAAGUUGUAGAAGGUCGUGCAGAUUUAGAAGGACAUAAAAGGACUUCCAAAAAUGGUGGUGUUGUUGUGAGAAUUCUUACAGAAGAAGCUACUAUGAAGGAAAAAGCUUGGUUUCUUGGUGAAGCUACUCCAUAUUUGAAAUUACAUCAUCAAAAUAUUUUAACUUUGAUAGGUUUUUGUUUAGAAACUGAUCCAUAUUUAUUAUUAUUUGAAUCAUGUUCAGUGGGUGAUCUUAAAAGUUUUUUGUUAUCAAACCGUGAUAAAAAGUCUCAAGAAGCACUUAAUAAAGAAAACAUUCUAAUUCGAAUAGCAUUGGAUAUUGCUGCUGGUUUAAAACAUAUGCAUUGUAAUGGAUUUGUACAUACAGAUUUAUCUGCUAGAAAUUGCUUAGUAGCAUCAGAUUUAUCAGCAAAACUGGGAGAUUAUGGAACUGGUGUAGAAAAAUAUCCUGAAGAUUAUUAUGUAAUUGGAGAUCGUGCAUUACCUAUUAGAUGGUCAGCACCAGAAAGUGUAGAAUGUACUGAUACAACUAUUGAAACUAGAGAAAUUACAUCUCAAGCAAAUAUGUGGAGUUAUGCUAUUUUUCUUUGGGAAAUUAUUACAUGGGGAGAUAUACCAUACCAUGAUAAGAGUGAUGAACAAGUAAUUCAAAUGCUUUUACAUUUAAAAUCAAAUCUUUCAUCAAAUGGUAUACAAGUUUUACAAACAUAUUUAGAAAAUUGUCCAUCAAAUAUAUAUCAAGCAAUUUAUUUAAGUUUAAAUUUAAAUCCACAAAAAAGACCAAAUUUGGAUGAGAUAAGACAAUUUCUUUUAAAUGAACAUAUAGAAUGCUUGGAUUUUGAACAAAGAUGGGAAAAUUUACGAGUUAAUGCUAAAUAUGUCCGAAGUGCAAGUUUGCAAGAUCUUAGAGGAAGUAUCGAUUCAGAUUAUUGGACUACUAUUGUUGAUGAUACACCACAUCAAUCAUCAUUUCGACUUGGACCUAAUGAAUUAGUAAAAAAUAUACCAAGUAUUAAAAAUAUUAUUCAUCAUGAAUCAAGCUCUGAAACUGAAGAAGAAAGUUGGAAAGGACGAAUUGAACAGGGAGUUUAUACUGAAAAAGUAAAACAAAAAUCUAAAUCUGUUACUGAUUUAAUGGUUCUUGUACAUAUCGAUUUUGAUUCUGAUGCAGAAUUAUCAAUGGGAGCUCAAAUCUCAGAAAAAUAUGGAAAAAAAAAAUUACCUGCUACUGGUAGUGAUAGUGAUCUUAGACAUAGUAUUCAUACAGAUGAAUUCGAUGAAACAUUAAGAAAAUUGCGGAAUCCAUUGCCAAAUAAUACUUCUAACAAAAUCAGGAUGUUAGAUACUGCAGAAAAGCCAAAAUUAUUGACAUUAACCAUGGAUCAAACUCAAACUCCAAUUUUGAGAUUAUCUUUAAAUAACAAAGAAUUUGAUACUACAUCUAUUGUAAAUACAAUUACAGAAACACAUAAUGAUAAACAUAUACUAAGACUUCUAUCAAAAGGAGAUCCUAAUCCUCCUCUUUUAUGUUAUGUACCUGAUGAUACAUCUUCUGAAAUAUUAAAAAAAGAUGAUAAAUCUCAAUGUAACUUGUGUACAUUUAAGCAUGAAAAUACUUUUUUUUCUAACAAUUGUUCAAUUAAUUGUGGAACUGAUGAAAAUACUUUAGUUGAUGUUGCACUUUGGAAUCAUGCAUUAGAUUCUGCUUUAGAAAAGAAAGUACCUGGUUUCUUAGAUGAAGGUGAAUUUAAUGAGUAUGCAGAAUCUUUAUUUAAACAAGAAAAUAAUAUUGCAUCAGAAUUAAUUGUAACUAUUGAAUCAAAUACUUUGCAAUCCCAGAAACACUAUAGACAUAAUUCAGAUAAAUUCUCCAACGAAGAAGAUAUAGGCAUGAAUCGGAGAUGUUUAUCAAAUGAAGAUGAAGAAGAAAGAAAACAAUUAUCUACUCCUGAUGAUGAACAAAGUUCUGAUUCUGGAUUUAGAGAUAAAGAAUCUUAUGAAGAAGAAGAAAAUGUUUAUGCUUUAAUUCCAUCAACUUCUACUAAUAAUUCUACAAUAAAUAUACCAAUAUAUAGUGAAGAAGAACAGUUACAGAUUUUAUUUGAACUAGAUACUAUUCUUGAUGCAGAAUACUAUGCAACACUUCCAGUAUCUGAAAGAAUGACAGAAAAUUUAUCUUCAAAUAAUCAUAUAGAAAAUAAAAUUAUCUGUACAAAUGAAGAUGAAUCUGAUUCUAUUCAUACUGUAGAUACUAUCAUUGAAAUAGAUAAUAAUGAAAAUCUUACUUCUAAUAUCAAUUUGCUAGAAAAUGACAUAAAACCAAUAUUAAAUAAUGAACAGACAAUUCAAUUAGAAAAUAUUAAAAUUAAAAUUGAGGAAAAUAUUGAAGUAAAAAAUUUAAGUGAUAUUAAUUCUUCUUCUCAACAAACAAAUUUAAAAGAUUGUAAUAUUGAAACAAAUAUCAAAUAUUCCAAAGGACAAAAAGAAUUAAAAUAUUUACAAAAUAAAAAUGAAAUUAAAAAUAAAAACGAAAAUAGAAAUGAAAAUAAUAUAAUUAUUAAUACAAAUAAGUAUGGAAAUGAAAAUGAAAAAGAAUUUAAAAAUAAAGAUGAAAAUGAAAUUGAAAAUAAAAAUGAAUGUGAAGAUUUAAGUGAUAUUAAUUCUUCUUCUCAACAAACAAAUUUAAAAGAUUGUAAUAUUGAAACAAAUAUCAAAUAUUCCAAAGGACAAAAAGAAUUAAAAUAUUUACAAAAUAAAAAUGAAAUUAAAAAUAAAAACGAAAAUAGAAAUGAAAAUAAUAUAAUUAUUAAUACAAAUAAGUAUGGAAAUGAAAAUGAAAAAGAAUUUAAAAAUAAAGAUGAAAAUGAAAUUGAAAAUAAAAAUGAAUGUGAAAUUGAAGUCAGAAAUAAAAAUGAAAGUAUAAAUGCAAGUAAAUAUGAAAAUAAUAAUAAAAGUGAUAUUAAAAAUAAAAUUGAAAAUGAAAAAGAAAUAGGAACAAUAUAUGAAAAUAAAAAUAAAAAGGAAAUAGAAAAAAAAAAUGAAAAUGAAAUUGAAGAUGAAGACAGUUCUACUAUGAGUUUACAUAGUGAUAAUUCUUAUGUAUCGUUUGAUAUAGAAGAAGAAUUUGUAACAGCAAUUCGAAAUGAACUUAGAGAAAAAUUACCUUGUGCUCAGAUGUCUGUUGUAGAACCACUAGAAACUCAUGAUAAUGAUAAUCCUAUAUCUAGAGAUAUAGAUAGUAAACAUUGGGAUGAUGAUGAUAGUGAAGAAUCUUCUAAUCAAGGUAGUGGAGGAGUGGGUAUUUCAAUAAGGUAUAAUGUAUAUGAUUCUCCCCUUAGUCCAAUUCAAGAAGAAAGAGAAAGUACUCUUACUUCUGAAUCAUUAAUAUCAAAUUCUAGAGAUACAUCAAUUGCUUCAAAAGAAUCUGUUGCUUCAGAUGAUGUAUUACUAGUUGAUACUCGAACAAAUAAAAUGAUUUUAUUAGAAGGAUUAGGAGAAAAAUUGCAAGAUGAUGAACGAGAUACAACUAAUGGAGAUUUGUCUGAGGAAGAAAAUUUGGAUUAUAAUUGUUCGAUAGUUCGUUCUCGUAAUGAUAAAUCGCAUAUUAUAAUUGCAAGUUGUGGAGCACCUUUACCAAGUCCAGAGGAGGAAUCUAAAUGGCAACAAUUACCAUCAUCUUUUCCAUUACCAUUACCUUUACCAUUGGAAGAUGAUUUAAUGUCAACAAAUUUUGGAACAAAUCAUGGAUGGGGUAGUCAGGAUGAAGAUGAAGAAGAAGAAGAGGAAGAAGAAGAAGAAGAGGAUGAAAAUAAUAGUUCUAGUUCUGGAGAAUUUAUUUGGAAAAGAUACAAUGAAUCACAUAUGGAACAAAUUCAAACUCGAAGUUAUUUAAAUAAUAAUGAAGGAGUAAUAUUAGAUGCUGAUGUUGAAGAUGAAAUAGAUCUUGAAGAAGAAGGAGAGGAUGAAGAAGAAGAAGAAGAAGAAGAAGAAGAAGAAGAAGAAGAAGAAGAAGAAGAAGAAGAAGAAGAAUUUACACCAUCAGCUUGGAAUGCAACAUUAGCACCUCAUCGUUCUGCAUUAAGAUCUCCAGAUAAAACAUUAAAAUCUGAUCAAAAAAAAAGCGUGUGGUUUAAAAAACAACGUUAUCAUUGUGUAUAUGAAUAUCCUAAAGAAACUCUAGCUACAGAAACUCAAGGAGAAUCAACUAAUAUUUGGGAAUCUACUUCAUAUAGUGAUUGGGAGGAAAUGAUAGAUGAACCACGUUUAGAUUUGUAUCCUCUUGAUUAUGACGAUGCUCAUCAUUCUGGAAAUGAAGAGUUUUUUGUAAGCAGUUCAAGUCGUCCAUUUCAAUUUCAAACUAGUGAGAGUAAAUAUGUAAGUCAAUUUUUUCCUGGUGCAUCUACGUCAAUGAAUGAAGAACGAGAUGAAGAUGAUGAUCAACAAGGAAUACCACAAAAUGGAAUAGAAUUGUUAAAUGAUUGUAGUCAAAAUCAACAAUAUCAAUUAGGAGAAUUAAGGCAUACUAGAGAUCGCUUGAAAUUGAAUUUAUCUACAACUGGUUCAUCUUUUGUUUCUACCAAACAAAUGAAAGAAGAUGACGUAAAACAAUUGCAUGAAAGAGAAAAUAUGUCAGAAUUCUCGCAAAGUAUAAACUUAACAGAGGACCAACAUAUGCUAUCAAAUUGUUUGAAUUACAAUAUGUUACCAAUGGUGCCUCCCAAAAACAUUCAAGAUAAAAAAAAACUUAAUUCGAUUUCUUCAAAAAGUGCCCAAUGUGAUACUCAAGAAAAGAUUGAGUCUAUUGACAAGUGUAGUGUUUUAACUCAUGACUAACAUAUUUCGAAGACGUUAAUAAAAUGUUAAAAAUAUAAUUUUAGCUGAACUCCGUCCGAAUUAAUUUUGUUGCAAAAGUACAGUGAUUAUUCAACGAAUUCACUAUUAAAUGAAUCUCGAAUUAUUGUACAUAAUAUGUAACAAAUUUUUAUUGUGGCUAAAAUGUAAUCGAUUGUCUAUAGUGUUAUAUUAAAUUUUGAUUUAUUGUAUAAAAAUAUUAAUAUAGAGCUUAAUAUUGAUAUAAUUUUUUAUAUAAUUAGCUUCAUAAAAAAAUAUAAAAAAAGACAAUCGAUUUUUAAAAGCUACAAUUAUUGAAUAAUUUCAUUUCAUAUUGUAAAUAUUUAUUGAAUUCAUUCAGUACAUAAUUGUUGUCAGAAAAAAUUUGCGUAAGUUAUUAAUGUUAUUAUUUUCAUUAUUUUUAUUGAUAUAUAAUAAUUAUAUUAAUUUUUAAUUAUUGUUAUUUUUAAAUAACGUAUAUUUUUCCGAUCUAUUUUUAUUAAAAUUAUAUUAAUAGAAAACAGCUCUCUAUUCUAAAAGUAUUAUAAUGUCAAUCAAUGGACGGUACUAUAAUUAGUCUUAAUUUUUAGCAAAAAGUGUAUAGUAAUUAAUGCACGAAUAAUUUGUUAUAAAUCUGUAUUGUAUUAUUAUUUUUAGAACUGUGAUGGGCACAAUUUGUGCAUUUUUAUUUCAAUUAAUUUAAUGAAUCAAAUUAGUGAAAUUACAAAUUUCAUGUAAGUAGCACAGAAAAGAUGCUGCCGAAUUCUAUUACAUUCUAUUUCCAAUAAAUUUAAAUAUUCUUGAACGAUUUCUCACACAUAAUUUGUCUUUAAUUUUUAGUAUUCAAAUAAUUUUUUAUGGAAUAAUAUUCUAUGAAAUGUAAAUGCACAAAAAAAAUGUUUAUUAUAAAGAUAUGGCAUUAACUAUUAAAUUUAUAAUAUUUAUUUAAAUAUAAAAACAAAAAACAAUAAUGAUAUGUUAAUAAUUAUAGUUUUUACAAAAUUUUCAAUAUAAUUAUAGCAAAAUAUAAUAGCAGAAUAGAUUAGGCUAAUAUAAAAAAAAAAUAUAUUUAAAAAUAUAAAUAAAGUCAACAUAUUUGAUAUUUACAUUGAUAUAUAAUUUAAUUAAUAUAUAUGAAAUCAUACAUGUUAUGUACUAUUAAUAAUGCUGCAUUUAUUGUGCAGUUUUACUAUUAUAAUUAUUAUUAUCAUUAUUGAUAAUGCUAAUUCUGUGCUCAUUAUAAUAGAAUAUUAAUAGAGAACAAUUAAUAUAUUGUUAUACAAAGCAGAUAUUGAUUUAAAAAUGUGUUUCAUUGUUUUUAUUUCCUAUUCCGUUAUGACACAUUUACAUAGGAAAUAUUUUAAUUUUAUGUAUUUCAACUAACUUUAUUAAUUUUAAUUUAUUUUAGCAGAAAAUGAUAAAAAUUUGAUAUAUUGAAUAAAAUUCAAAUAAAAUAAUUUACUCAAAUUAUAAUAUAUAUAAAGAAAAUUUAAAAUUUUAUUAUAAAUAUUUUACUUAUAACAAUUAUUUUUAUAAAAAAUUUGUGUAUAAUAUUAUUUUAUGUUUGUAUAUUAUUAAAAUAUAUAUAUUAUUUAUAUGUGA